UUAGCCGGCGCCAGACCGACCCUCGACUUCGGAGGGGCAGUGCAGUGCCUCUGGGCGCUUCUUCCCCGUCUUCUUCGGCUUCUUCAGCCUCCUCAGUCCCCUUACCCUCGACUGGGACCCGAGAUCUCGGUGUAUGCCCCAGCCCUGACCCCGCUCGAGAUAUGUCUACCCCGGCUCGGCGGCGCCUCAUGCGGGACUUCAAGAGGUUACAGGAGGAUCCUCCAGCCGGAGUCAGUGGGGCUCCGUCCGAAAACAACAUAAUGGUUUGGAACGCGGUCAUUUUUGGGCCUGAAGGGACCCCGUUUGAGGAUGGAACAUUUAAGCUUAUAAUAGAAUUCACUGAGGAAUAUCCAAAUAAACCACCUACGGUUAGAUUUGUCUCUAAGAUGUUUCAUCCGAAUGUCUACGCAGAUGGUAGUAUAUGUCUGGACAUACUUCAGAACCGCUGGAGUCCAACUUAUGAUGUGUCUUCCAUUUUAACAUCCAUACAGUCUCUAUUGGAUGAGCCCAAUCCCAAUAGCCCAGCAAACAGCCAGGCUGCUCAGCUGUACCAGGAGAACAAGCGGGAAUAUGAAAAACGCGUUUCUGCGAUAGUAGAACAGAGCUGGCGUGAUUGUUGACUCGAAUACAACAAAAGAAGAGGCUGGGCAUAAGAAAAAUACACACUUAUGUGUUUGUCACCUUCUUAUUCCUCAGUGUCAUUACAUUUACUUCAUUAAAAGCAAAAUAGUUAUCGUGCUGUUUCCAUCUUCCCUUGCCAAACUUUUCCUACCCCAUCUUCU